UCGGAUAUCGCCGUGACUUCGCUCGGUGGCCCUAGAGGUGGUGGUGGAUGAUAUCGACCCGGAGGGUGAGCCGCUCGGCGCAAGCCUGGACGCUGCGACUACUGGAAGGAAGAAGGUCGCGUACGACUGCGGAGCGCUCAGCGUAGCCCGGCCAGUGCCCCGCGCGCGGGCGGUUCAUCUCAUCCUGGUGCGGGUUGACGGUGUAAGAAAGAAAGAAUCGUAGGAGGAAAAAAUAAAUUGAAGAAAAAAAAAAAAAAAAAAAAUCAAAAACGCCCCGCGACGACCUGACCAACGCCACGCCUCGAACGGAGGUGGGUGAGCCUUCUCCGUCUCGCCUGCUUACCGUGAAUCAAAAACUAGUCGAGUGCGAUCGAAUUUCGUAAAAGAGGAGGAUCGCGAAUAAAACAGGAGAUACAAUGUUCGCCGUAGUCAGCGAGGUGUUGGUCGAUCGUACGAUCGAACUCUGAACGGUGUUAACCGGUGUAACAAAGCUGAAAGUGAACUUGAAAUAAUUGUUCGUCACGUUUCGACUCUUUGCGUUCUUCAAAAUUCUCGUCCUUGACUUUCCGCCCUAGCUCUCGCGGCCCGGGGUUCGAAGGGAGGGGAAAAAAAAGAACAGAGGGCGAAGUAGAAAAGGGAAACGAAAAGAGAAAAAAAAAAAUGUCGGCACGUUUUUGAGGACCUUCAUUUUUGCGAACGAUGCCAAGGCCGGAGACUUCGAACGAGGAGUCGUACCUGGCUUCGGGACGACCCUCGAACUUGCUGAAGUCUUCCUUCUCGAACGCGAAGUUGGAACAUCUUUAUCGCGCCUCGUCGCUUCAGCAACGUCGCGGAGGACUCCAGUGCUUCCUGUUCUCCGCCAUUCUGUUCGACGUUUUCACUCUCGUGACACCGGAGGCGGAAACCCCGGCGAAAGGUCUCACCGGGGUUUUCCUCGUGGUGAACAUCGGGCUCCUAGCUUGGGCGCAACGUGGCGCCAAAGCGAAGGACUUCUUGUGGUCGACCGUAACCCAAAUAGCCUGGCAACUCUCCACCGCUCAAAUACUGGUUCAAUUAUUCUUGAAGUCCAACGAAGUUACGCCGAGGGAUGGUCUCGGAUGGCUUUUACUGCUACUCUACCUACUGUUCGCCACGCUUCCUCUAAGACUCUCGUUAUGCUCGUUACUCGCCCUGGGGACGGCCGCAGCCUACAUCGUCACCGUUGUCGGACUUUCCAAGGCUCCGUCUCUGAUACCGAUCGAUGUCUUAAUAUUGACGGUAACACUGUCAGCGGGCGCGGCGAUUCUGGGUGCGUCCAGUUACUCGUUGUCGGAGUUUCAGCAACGUAGAGCCUUUUUAGAAACGCGUCAGAGCCUAGAAGUUCAGCUGGUGAUCGAGGAGCAGAGCGCCGAACAGGAGCGACUGCUCCUUAGCGUUCUUCCCGAGCAUGUAGCCGUGAAAAUGCGGCAGGAUCUCGGCGCCUCUAUGGACACACAGUUCAAAAAGAUUUACAUGUCGAGACACGAGAACGUUUCGAUAUUGUACGCCGACAUCGUGGGGUUUACGGCGAUAUCGUCCACCUACAGCGCCAGCGAACUGGUCAAGAUUUUAAACGAGCUUUUUGCCCGAUUUGAUCAGCUCAGUGAACGAUACGAGCAGCUCAGGAUCAAAAUCCUCGGCGAUUGUUACUACUGCAUAAGCGGUGCUCCGGUGGAACGACCGGAUCACGCGGUCCUCUGCAUUCACAUGGGUCUGUCGAUGGUAGACGCGAUAAAAUACGUCCAGCAAACUACCAACAGUCCGGUGGACAUGAGGGUCGGUAUCCACACCGGCGCUGUCCUUGCCGGUGUCCUGGGUCAGAGGCAGUGGCAGUUCGACGUCUACAGUAAGGACGUGGAGCUUGCCAAUAAAAUGGAGAGCAGUGGAAUGGCGGGGCGCGUUCACAUCUCCAACACCACCCUGAGUUUCCUGAACGGCGAGUUCGAGGUCGAACCGGCGUACGGUGAGAAACGCGAAGAGGCUUUGCAAAAGGCUGGAUUGACCACCUACUUCAUCGUCAGGGCAUUGAAACAGUGUCCACCGGCGGUUCCGAAAAGUAUAGCGUCAUUCGCCGCGGGUGAAUCCAUACAGAAUACAACCGAAGACGACGACGAGAGACCCACCGAGGACUCAGAGGAUUUCAGGCAACGCCUGAGAAAAGAGCUUUGCAGCAGAGACGGUGGUGCUGAACUUCGAGGACACGCCUCGUGGUUCACUUUACAGUUCAAGGAUCCCCAAGUGGAAUACGCUUUCCACAGCGCUAAGGAAGCGUUCUCACCCCUUUCGCUGCUCGGAGGUCCUCUGGUUAUGGUAUCGGCAUCGCCGGUAUGGAGGCUCCAGCCUUGGGGUCCGUUUACGUGGGGAGGUGCCGGGGUUGUUACGCUUUUCGGGGUUGUUUUGGCAGGUGCCACUUGUCUCGGUAGUGCUGUAAGGCCCAGGUGGUUCCGUAGGACACUGGCGCUGCUGAUGAUAUUUUCGUUGAGCGUAUUUCUGCUGUUGGAUAUGGGCAACUGCGCCAUCGUAGAAGAUCCGGAACCCACGGCGAACGCGUCGUUGGGUUGGGCACCACGUUGUCCCUACCCUUCCUAUUAUUCGUACGUCGGAGUGCUCGCACUUGUUGCGAUAUCGAUGCCAGCGUAUCUCAGCUAUCUUGGGAAGGCCUUUCUCAUGAGCAUUUUGGCCGGUGCCCAGUGCGCCGUGAACGUUAUGAUCCUUGGUCCCAGUCUGGACAGAGAGGACGUCGCGAUUUGCCCACCUGGGACGGUACCCUUUCCACUCAAGUACUCCCUAUCGGCCACCCUGGUACUCAUCACCCUCACUCUCGUAGUGGUCGCGAAAUACACGGAGAAAGCUCGGAGAAUUCUUUAUCUCAGGGGGAGGGAAGUCGUCGCACAGAGGGAACGAGUCGCGGACAUGAAGAGAAGAAACGGCGCCCUCAUAUACAAUAUUCUUCCACCGCACGUUGCCGCGUAUUUUUUGUGCACCGCCAGACACCACGAUGACCUCUACAGCCAGAGUUACGCCGAGGUCGGUGUAUUAUUCGCGAGUAUGCCGAAUUUCGCUGACUUUUACAGCGAAGAAAGCAUCAACAAUCAGGGACUGGAGUGUCUGAGAUUUCUGAACGAGGUCAUCUCCGACUUUGACGCGAUUUUGGAUCAGUCGAAGUUCAAGGAUAUCAUAAAAAUCAAGACGAUCGGUUCGACUUACAUGGCAGCAUCUGGUAUAACGGAAUCGGAUGAACCGGAAGACGGACCGAGAUGGGGUCAUCUCUCGACACUGGUCGAAUUCGCCCUCGAAUUGAAAAAAGCACUGUCCAGUAUAAACGAACAGAGUUUCAACCACUUCGUACUGAAAAUGGGCAUCAAUCACGGGCCCAUUACCGCCGGUGUUAUCGGUGCUAGAAAACCACAUUACGAUAUUUGGGGGAACACUGUAAACGUUGCAUCGAGAAUGGAGAGUACGGGAAAAGUUGGUUGUAUUCAGGUGACGGACGAAACUAGGAAAAUCUUGGAGCCCUUCGGUUUUGAAUUCGAGCAACGUGGCCUGGUUUUCGUGAAAGGAAAAGGUCAACUGCUGACGCAUUAUCUAGUAGCACGGGACAGCAUUCCUCUGGACUUGGACAGCGAUCUUCCCGUUGAACCGAUCCACCCUAUAAUCUACCAAUAAAAAUUCAUCAAUCGGUGAUUAUCGGGAGAAAACGGGUGCAGAGCGGGUACGAGAAUUUCCAAAGAGAAUAAAAAAUCAUUACAAUAAUGUACACGUAUUUUAGACCCCGGAGGUAGCGUAGCGUGGUUUGUCUUCGAUGAUCUCAUCUCGAUCAUACACCGCCCCAAUUUUCUCGUGGAAAAAACUUGACGAAAAAGUCAGAAAAUCCUAAAAUAAGAAGAGAUCUCGUUUGCCUAAAUAAUUUAUUCUUCAAUUUUCUCAUGCCGACACGUCAUUUUUCCCUGUGCGAUAAACCGGGGAAACCGAGGGGUUCGGUAGUUGGAUGAGAAUUAAAAUCGGGCGGUGUACGUCCCGAGUUCAUAAUGAGUAGGAUGAAUUUUUCGUUUAGAAAGACUUUGAAAAAUAACGCACACACACGUCACAAACAAGAAACAAAAAAAAGUAAAAGAAAAUAAAAAGAAGAAGAGAAAUCAGAUAGAAAAUUCCAAUUUUUCUUCACGAAUCCGACCGCUUUUCUCGAGGGUGGCUUAUGAAAAACAGCGAUUGUUAAUUUGACUUACGAUUAGUUACCGCAGAGAUACGCUUAUAGAAUAAAGUUUUUUCAUCUUUCGCGAUUACUUUCAUUCAGAGUGGAAAAUUCUUUAUUUAAUUUUUGUCAGUCGAUAGCUUGCUCAAUGAUUCCAAGAUCGCGAUAUGAGGUACGCGUUUAAACGGAAACGACGUAUAGACUACAGCGACGUUAAAACUGCGAUGGUUAGUGCGUAUCGUAAAAUCGUAGUUAAAUUAUGAAUUAUAAAUAUAUCUGUGUAGUAGCUGCUAUUGGUGCUGGGGCUGUGAGAAAUAAAUGUUUUUAAUUCGAGACAACUUAUAAACACAACCGUUACUUUUAUGUGCGUUCUAAAAUCGGUCGAUGAUCGCUCUCGGUUUACGCGCAUGUAGAAUUAUUCCGGGCUUGAAUCCGCCGGGCUAUCCGGAUCAACGCAAAAAAAAAAAAAAUAAGAAUAGGAAUAGAAGAUGCGAGAGAAAACCGAAAAAAUACGAUGCUCAAUAACUGUCAUCCCCAUUUUGAAAACUUGAAGGUUUUCCUCCCUUUCCGUACAGAGCGAAUGAUUUAAGUUGUGGAAUCGAUCAGCGAACGAACGAACGAAUAACUUCAAUUGCACCAUUCGCGGGAAUAGCUCUCCCUUCCGUAUCUUCGCCGCCCCUGUAAUUAGAACCGUGAUUAGUGGCAUGAAAAAUUAGCAAUCGCGUGUCAGUCUACAUCGAUCGCAUAUUAUCACAAAAAAUAAAACCCACCUUUACGUGUACCUGUAAGAUAUCGAUUACGGUAUCAACUGAAAACGAAAUAAGACAUCCGAAAAAAUUAACACGUACAACACUAAAACGAAGAAAAAAGAAACGAACAUUUUUAUAUCCGUGCACCACCAUAAAAUGGAAAAAAGAAACAAGUAUAAAAAACCAAUUGUCUGCUUUUCAAGUACAUCAUACAAUUCAGUUCUCUAGUCAUUCCGAUUUGCCAUUUUAUUUUGAUAAUCUACAAAGAUGUUGAAGAUUUUUUAUAAUUUUGUUAACUGCGUCUGAAUAAUGAUACAUUUACGUUCGAUGUCUUCCAAAUAUUUUCGUUACCGCUAUUUGUGCAUUUUUUUUUUUUAUUUGCUGGCUUCAAAUCGAAUCAGAUUACAUGAAUAUAAUUCGUACAUCCGAUUCAUUACUCCACGCACAAAACUUGAAUGAAAUUACUUUCUUAUUUCUACUUCAAUUCUAGUUUUUUCCAUUUUAUAUCAUCCUUGCCAAGAGCUUAUUCGUAAGCUCGGAGCGCGCCGUGUAGAGUUAAAAUGUUGUAACAUUUGUUACAGAAGUGAAAAUAUUUCAUUUGCAACUUACGAAUGUAAAAAUUAUUCAUUUAUCACACUAAAACUGUAUAGUUGUCGAUGUUAUUCAACAAUUUACCGAAAGUACAACACAAGAAACAUACCUACUGUAACUAUAAUAGAACAAAACCAAAAAAGAAUAUUACCUACGAAAAAAAAAAGAAAAAAAAUUGAAAAAAACGAUAACACAACACAAAAAUAUAAAGAAAAAAUCAUACAAAUCAAACGAACAAAAAUAAAUCAGAAAUAAUGUCCGGCCUAAUUAUCAAAUGGCCUAUAGAGAGCGCGGGAGCAAUAAAAAAAAAAAAAAACAGAAAAAAUACCGUAAGAAAAUAUUUGAACAAAAAUGAAAAUUAAAAAUUACGACACAUAGGAAAAAUGAGAAAAAGAUAGAGACUCAAGCACAAAAAAAUCAGAAGCAUCAAAAAAGGUAUUAGCGUUAUAUCCGCAUAAUAAUUAAAUGUUACAUUACUAUACUUUCUACUGUACUACGUUCACACGCUACGAUACAACGUACAUUAUAGAAUAUAAAAUAAAUGAGAGACAAGAGAGAAAAAAUCUUGCAAACUAGCAAUAAUCGGAACUUCGUGUACAUUGGUAACAAAAAAAAAAAAAGAUACAGCAAACGAAAAAACGGAAUUGAACGACAUGUCUUUUUAAGAAAUAAGAAGAUUAAAAAAGUAUAGAGGAACAAAAAGCAAAAAGAAAAAGAAAACAUGCGUAUUACAUGUAUAAAUAAAGUUAUGUAAGAAAAUAUCACUGUAGAUAACCUAGCACUAGGUGUGAAUAGGAUUUUAAAAAGGUAUUUGAAAGAGAAAAAACAAGAACUACAAAAUCAUAGGGUAACGUUGUUUUUUGAGGACAAGAUUGAAAAAUAAAAAAAAAAAAAUAAAAUAAAAUAAAAUAUGAACAAUAGAAAAAAAGAGAAACCCCACUCUCACGUCAAGUAAAUUAUAUGAUACGUACGUAGAAUCGAAUAAAUGCCCGACUGCCCGCGCCCCGAGUCGAGGGAUGAAAUUUUCGUCACGAGGGUUGUUGGUAGUCAGGCGCCACGGAGUGGUAGCUUAACUCGAAUAUCCACCGCAGAAUGUAUAAGUAAAAUAAAUAAUUUAAAUUUAAAAUAAACGAAUGAAUCAACAAGUGAAUAAAUAAAUCAAUAAAUAAAAUGUCCAGCACACUGAGUGUGAUGAAAAUUGGAGAGCAAAAGAACAGAAAAAAAAUUACGACUGGUUGUCAGAUGUU